GACUUGACCUGCCGUGUAAUGACUUGACUGUCGUAAAUUUACGUACUGCUUUCCGUCGUCGUAAACAGGCGUGUGUUCUUCUUAACUUGACCAUUUUUAUCACGGUAUUUUUGCCUCGUUGCUCUUAAAAGUAUUGUACAUGAGCGGUGAGUGUAAGAACAAAUCUUGGAUCACACAGAAAAUCGAGGAAACGACGACCAAAGAAGAUGUUUAAAAAGUUCGAUGAGAAGGAAAAUGUGUCAAACUGCAUACAGUUGAAAACCUCCGUCAUUAAAGGCAUAAAGAGCCAGCUGCUGGAUCAGUUUCCUGAAAUUGAAUCAUGGCUCAAUCACAUCAUGCCAAAGAAGGACCCUGUCAAAAUUGUGAGAUGCCAUGAACACAUUGAAAUCUUGACAGUGAACGGAGAGUUGCUCUUCUUUAGACAACGAGAAGGCCCGUUCUACCCCACGCUGAGAUUGUUACAUAAAUAUCCGUUCAUUCUUCCACACCAGCAAGUCGACAAAGGGGCCAUCAAAUUUGUCUUAAGUGGAGCCAACAUCAUGUGUCCAGGGCUGACGUCCCCGGGCGCCAAACUCUAUCCAGCUGAAUCUGACACUGUUGUUGCCAUCAUGGCAGAGGGUAAACAACACGCACUGUGUGUUGGCGUCAUGAAGAUGUCUGCAGAGAGCAUAGAAAAAGUCAACAAGGGCAUCGGGAUCGAGAAUGUUCACUAUCUGAAUGACGGCUUGUGGCACAUGAAGACGUAUAAAUAAGACACAUCCCACCUCCCUCAAAAUAUUUAGUGAGCUUGACGGCUCAUCUGUUUACACCAAUUUAUUCGAAGCUUUGAACCAGUCCACCAUUGUGCACCAAUUAAAAGAAACCCCACGCUUUGAACGCA